CUUUUAUCAACAUCUCCCUCUCUCCCUCUCUGUGCUUCACAACAAGAACAUUGGUUUUUCUUCACAACAAGAACAUUUUGGCCUCCUGAGAAUUGUGUUUUGUUUCCUGAAGUAGUGAACUAAAUUUUGCACCAUAUAUGUAAUCAUUCAUACACUUAUCGAUCAAAUGUUGUUGCAUGCCUCUGUAGCUGAAUAGUUAAUGAUAUAAUGAGAGGAACAAUGGGAACUUCUCCUCGUGCAGUGGAAGCUCGACACCGUUUGCCUGCAUCCAUUGAAGAUUUAUACAAACGAAGACAGCCAAGAAGUAAAUUGAAAGAUGUAGAGAAACCUUUCCACUUACCCAUCCAAGAUAGGAACUCAAAAUGCAAGUUUCCUUUCUUGAAACUUAUCCUUUUGAUAACCAUUUGCGGCACUUUUGUAAUACUUCUUUACUCUCCAGAGGUUUACAAUACCAACCAUUUAUCAACCUCUGGCUCUAGGUGGAUAUGGGGAGGCUUAGACCCUCGGUACAUGACUAAUGUGGAUACUAACUGGGAUGAUAUAGUGAAAGUCACACAGAACCUGAUAGGGAAAAAUGAAUUUCAAGGGAUUGGACUACUAAACUUCAAUAACACUGAAAUUGUCCAUUGGGAGCAUCAUUUUCCUGAUGCCACACAUGUUGAUCUGCCUCUGGAGCAUGCUGCAAGAAAUGUGACAUGGGAGUCUCUGUACCCAGAAUGGAUUGAUGAGGAAGAAGAAACUGAAGUUCCCGUUUGCCCUUCUCUACCGAGUCUCAGAUCUCCGGGUGUUAGACUCAACCUCAUUGCUGUCAAGCUUCCUUGUAGGGACCAGGGGAAUUGGUCUAGAGACGUUGCUCGUUUGCACCUGCAGCUUGCAGCUGCUGGCCUUGCCACCUCUUUCAAAGGCAAUUACCCUGUAUAUGUGCUCUUCAUCACAAACUGCUUUCCAAUACCAAAUCUGUUUACCUGCAAAGAACUGGUUGGACAUGAAGGGAAUGCAUGGUUAUAUAGACCAAACUUGAGUGUUAUGGGAGAGAAAGUCCAGCUUCCAGUAGGAUCUUGUGAACUUGCCCUUCCUAUGAGAGGCAAAGAGCUGGUUUACAAUGGAAAUCCUCCAAGAGAAGCCUAUGCAACAAUUCUGCACUCAGCUCAUGUUUAUGUUUGUGGAGCUAUAGCUGCUGCACAAAGCAUUCGCCUCUCUGGAUCGACUAGAGACCUGGUAAUACUUGUUGAUGAGACAAUCAGCGGGUAUCACAGAAGCGGUUUGGAAGCAGCAGGGUGGAAGGUUAGAACAAUUCAGAGGAUCAGAAACCCAAAAGCUGAAAAAGAUGCUUACAAUGAAUGGAACUACAGCAAAUUCCGGUUAUGGCAGCUGACAGAUUAUGACAAGAUAAUAUUCAUUGAUGCAGAUUUGCUCAUACUAAGAAACAUAGACUUUCUCUUCGGAAUGCCAGAAAUCACUGCUACUGGUAAUGAUGCUACUCUUUUUAACUCGGGUGUCAUGUUGAUAGAGCCAUCAAAUUGCACAUUCCAGCUCCUGAUGGAUCAUAUUAAUGAGAUUGAGUCCUACAAUGGAGGGGACCAGGGAUACCUGAAUGAAAUAUUUACAUGGUGGCACAGGAUACCAAGACACAUGAACUUCUUGAAGCAUUUCUGGAUUGGUGACGAGGAAGAGAAGAAGCAAAUGAAAACCAGGCUGUUUGGUGCCGAGCCUCCAGUUCUUUAUGUCCUUCACUAUCUUGGUAUGAAGCCAUGGUUAUGCUUCCGGGACUACGAUUGUAACUGGAAUGCUGACAUAUUUCAUGAGUUUGCAAGUGAUGUUGCACAUGCAAAGUGGUGGAAGGUGCACGAUACAAUGCCUGAGCUUUUGCAGCAGUUCUGCCUAUUGAAGUCAAAGCAGAAGGCACAGUUGGAGUGGGAUCGCCGGCAGGCUGAAAUAGCAAACUACACAGAUGGGCAUUGGCGAAUCAAAGUUAAGGAUCGCCGCUUGAAGAAAUGCAUAGAUAAUUUAUGCAACUGGAAAAGCAUGUUGCGGCACUGGGGAGAGACGAAUUGGACAGAUGAUGAGUCUUUUACUCCAUCACCACCCGCCAUCACCACAUCGUCUCUACCUGCUUUAUGAGUUGCCACUUUCUAAUGUCCUCGAAUACAUUUAAGUUUCCUAGUGUUAGGGAUAAAGGAAAUACUUUUUCCUCAUACUUUUUGCAUGCAUAAAGGUGUAUUCUACAGUCUGGUUCUAAUCAUACAGUAACAGAUUUUGCCAAAAUUCAAUUAUUGAGGAAUUUAUUUGAAUCAAUUCGUAAUGUACGACUCUCUCUUUAGGCACAAAAGGAGAGACAGGGAAAUAUGAGGAAUAGGUGAAACGGAAGAGGUUCUACUACAAUAAUUCUAAACUGGACUGUAGACAUACUUCUCUCUCUUAGUUUCAACCCAUUCCAUUUUGUACAAGGAUAAGGAGAAUCUUGGUAAUCCAGAUUCCAGAUACAACAUAUACAUUAAAUGAAUGGAACAAAUGCUCACGAAUUCGCUGAGAUUGAUUGGAAAGUGAACACAUGAAAUGGAGG